UAUUCAUAAAGUGCGGGGAGAGAUUGAGUCUCGGAGAUCGAUUUGAUGGAGUGGAAAAUCCAGAAACGGGUUAAUUAAUUAACCCAGAGGACUUGACGGGGAGUCUCUCGGACAUUCUUCCCGUUCGGACGCAUUCCUGAGCCAUCGAGUGUUUAUUGUUGGGCCAGGAGGAGCCAAGAAAUGGAUUGUGGCGACUAUCAUUUUGAUGGCAUUGCGUGCCUCUCUUCGGUCAUAUAAAAUAAUGUAUAGAUGUGCCACGAGGGACCCACUCAUUUCCUCUCUCUCACACCUGUGCGCGCGCGACGUUGGACUUGAAGUGGAGAUUUAACAACAGUGUGAGCAUUUCAAUAGUGGUGAAGCGUUGAAAAGAAAAGCAGCAAUGGCUUCGUGUGGAAUAAUUUGCGUCAAAUACUUGAUGUUCCUCUUCAAUCUUCUCUUUGCCCUCACGGGUCUUCUGAUUCUGACCGUUGGGGCAAUCAUUCAAUCAUCCUACAAUCACUACUCCAACUUUGUGGAUCACACAAUUUGGGUGGCACCAAUUCUACUCAUCAUUGUCGGAUCAAUUGUCUUCAUUAUCGCCUUCUUUGGAUGCUGUGGCGCCGUGAAGGAGAACUCAUGCAUGGUGUUGACCUUCUCUGUGUUCCUCAUCAUCAUUUUCCUGCUGGAAAUUGGCAUUGGCAUUGCUGGAUAUGUGAAACAUGGGCAACUCGAGGACAUCUUGGAGAAAGGCUUCAACUCCACGCUGCACAACUAUGACAAGAACGUGGAUUCGCAGCACGCCUGGAGUCUGAUUCAGAGUGAGUUGAAGUGCUGCGGCAUUCAGGGACCUUCGGACUGGCAACAAGUAUUCCACAACACCACUCUGCCCACAUCGUGCUGCAUCGAGAUGCCCGUGAAUGUGAAUCAGUGCACGAAGGAGUUCGCUAUGAAGGAUGGAUGCAUGCCUGAACUACUCGCCCUGCUGCAGAAGAACGCUCUGAUCCUGGCUGGAGUUGGAAUUGGAAUUGCCGUGGUGCAACUGCUCGCCGUCUGCUUCGCUUGCUGCUUGUCCAGAGCAUUCAAACGAAACUACGAGGCGGUUUAAAGGUGGCGAAGGCGAUGGAGGUGGAAUUAUCUCACGUGAAGAAUUCAAUAUCAUUGUAGUCACGCUGGAAUUCUCGAAUGAAUUCUCCCGUGAGAGAAGGUUGGGUGAGGAGGGAAAAGGACAAUUUUUUGGAAUCUUGAAACAUUUGCAGCUACGCAUUUUGCUCUUGUAAUGAACCAUCUUUCAGAGGAUGUCGCGAACUAUUUGGAAUAUAUCUUUGAGAGAAUCCUUUUGAUGGAAAUUUAACCGUCUUUUUUUUGGUAGAAUUGAGAGAAAGCGGUACGAUUAGUUUAUCUAUUGGAAUUGAAAGGAUAUAUUUUGCAAAUGUUACAUAUUUAUACAUCGCACCUUAUAUUUGAUAGAUAUUUUAUCGUAUUAAGCUUGGAAUUUAUUGAAUUUGCAUUGAAGAGCUCUUCGGGUUUAUCAGAAGCACCGGAAAUCCUUCUUUUAUUCCACAAAACAUUUACACAGAGAGAAAUACAUUUAAGAUGGCAAUUUCUAUUUAUUUGUGAUAAGGACGACUUUUUAGGUGUAUAUUUAUUAGUUCUGUACAUCACAACUGGUAAUUGGGACCAUUUUUGCACGGGACAAGCAUUUUUGAAGCAUGAAAAUGUUGAAAAACUCUGAAAAGACUAUAAUUCAGUCCAUUUUUUUUUAAUAUUGAUAUAAAUCUUGAGUAUAAGAAUUAAUGCAUAAGUUGAGCUCUUCAUUAUUGUGAACAUUGAUUUUAAUGUAUAGUUCUAGUCGAGUAAGGGUUCUUUUAUAUAUUUGUGUACCUAUUUCAAUGGCAGGAUAAAUCAUUUAUUUACAGAUUAUUUGAGUUUCUCACAACAUCAAAAGAAAUACCAUGAAAUAUGAAAUACAAAAGCAGGAAAAUAUCAUAAUAUUUUCUCAGGGUGUUUUUGAUAUAAGAUUAUACACAUGAGAAAACGAAUUUUUGAAAACCAUACAUUUUGAAUUAACACUUUAAUGGGAAUUUGAGUUGAUUUUCUAAUCUUUGUUUUGUCUUGCAAUUAAGCAUAAGUAUAAUCAAGCUUUUUGAAUAAAAUGUGAAAUGAUAUUUGACAUAACUGAGGAAUAUCGUGCCUCUUUUGUAAGCAAAACAAUUUUUGUAGGUGGAAAGGAAAGUCAAGAGAGCAAUUUUUAUUGGUAAUCACACAAUAUACAAUUCAAGUACAUGUAUUUUAUCCACUUAUAGACAGUUUGACGUGUAAUCAAACGAAGUAAUGUUUAAGAUGAGGGAGAAUAACUCAUAAUAAUGGAAAUAAUCUGUCCACAUAUUGAUGUUCAUUUUAAUCUUGUGAUUAAAGUAUAAGACAAAAUCUCAUGUUUUGCACUGAUUUCUGAAGGAAAAGCAAAAGAAUCUUUUUGAGUGGAAAAUCUCUAAUGAUAUGAGGCUUAUUGGCGAGGUAAUUUUGACGAAAUGGUAAAGUUAAAUUCUCAAUUUUUCAAUUCAUCUCACAAACUCAUGUUAAUCGUAAUCUUUAUAUACUGUGUAAAAUUUUAUAAGGAGCAUUUUUGGUGUAAAUUUAUGUGUAUUAUAUCCAUAUAAAUAAAUAUAUCCCUAC